AGCAGGUGUCUUCGUACAGUGGAAAACAUCUGCGAAGAAUAAGGUCACCUGGCACACAAAGUAGUGUACUUUCACUUGAUAGCGCCGAGUCUCUUGGGUGUGGCACCAGUACUGGCAGUUUAUUAAGAAGUAACGCCAUUUUCAUUUUCAUCUACGCAUUGUCAUUGAUGUAGAGAUACGCUGACACGACAAUCUGUUGCCGUUUCUUUCAGUCAAUUUUAAAGCACACGCACGUAAUCGUAUCCGCAACACGAACACCAUGGGCGGCUCCAAGAAGAAAGUCGGGAAGGAGCGGUUGGAUAAGUACUACCAGCUCGCGAAGGACCAGGGUUACCGUGCGCGUUCCGCGUUCAAAUUGGUGCAGCUGGCAAAAAAGGUGGACUUCCUUUCCGACGCGCGGGUAUGUGUGGAUUUGUGCGGUGCCCCCGGUGGGUGGAGUCAGGUGGCUGCCAAGAACAUGCCCCGGAACUCAAAGAUUCUCUGCUUGGAUCUGUGUUAUCAAAUGUAAAAAUGUCUGGGUCUGGAAGAGUCAUGCUGUUUUUGCAUGACACAGAAGGUCUGGCAUAGAAGCUCUAGCAUCACAGGUUCCGAGAAGCUUCCGUCGUGCCGAAUCCGCGUGACAAAUCCCGCAUUCUGGUGACAGAAAGUGGGCAGCUUUUGCUACCUAUGCAUGAGAGAUCUUUCUGUGUUCUGAAAUGCGCAUUACAAGUUGCAUUCUUCCAGACCCAGACACUUUUACAUUUGAUAUGUGUCCGAUCAAACCGAUUCCCGGUGUCACCGGCAUCUAUCCUGAGUAAAAACGUACCCACACCAGAGUCAGGAUGGGGAUUUUGCAACACAAAUCGAGGAGUUUUGUGAGUCACGCAUGACAAGUUGCACUCCGCAGUGUAGUGCAGGUUAGCAAGUGCAGCCGCAUCACAGAUUCGUCUGCUCAUCCUGUUCACAGCAUCACAAAUUCCAAAACACGAUUGGGAAUGGCUCUCAUGGGGAUGCGCAUUACAAGUCUUCCUGUCUUUGCAAAUCUGCAUUACAACUCUGGUGUGGGGACGUUUUUACUCAGGAUAGCAUCCAGUGUGACAUCACCACGCCAAAGUGCCGACAAUUGAUAAAAAAGGAACUGGAGGGCAGGUACGACAUCAAUUCAUUGGUCCUGUUCAUGGAAUACAUCAUGGGCGAUCAAGAUGAGAUCGCGCGCAAGCAUCUGCAUCUUCAUCUGCAAAAUUUAGAAGAAGCGAACCCUUAUGUUUUCACGGGACUUUCAUAUUCAGAUUCAUCCAGUCAGAUUUUUGGAAUAGUUGAUGCCUGCCCCAUUUCUCAUUCACUAUCUUGUUCCCUCAGGUCUGCCGACGUUGUCCUGAACGAUGGUGCUCCGAACGUGGGUAGUUCAUGGUCCCACGACGCAUACGUGCAGAAUGAGCUGGUUUUGCACGCGACAAAAUUGGCGGCCGAAAUUCUGCGUCCGGGGGGAACCUUUGUCACGAAGGUGUUCCGCUCCCAGGACUACACCUCGCUUUUGUGGGUGUUCGAGCAGUUGUUCGGCAAGGUGGAAGCAACGAAGCCGCAGGCCAGUCGAAACGUGUCCGCGGAAAUUUUCGUGUUGUGUCAAAACUACAAGGCCGUCAAGACGGACCCGAAAUUUUUCGAUCCCCGAUGGGUCUUUAUGGAGGCGGUCGACAGCGAGGCGAAGGAAAAGAAAUCCCAGGCCAGCUUGAUGGACCUCCUGAAGUACCAAGCAAAGAAACACCGAGGUACAGAGAUCUACUAUGUGAAUGGUGGUCGCAGAAGAUCGAAAUCACUGCAACGCGGAGACCGCAUAAACAUUUGACUCUCUAAAAAGUUGUAAACCCACACCGCAUAUUCAUUUUGCAAGCGCUGUCGUGCUCGUGUCACAAUACAUCGUGUCUAGUAGCUGUAGCUGCAGUAAAAAUUACAACACGAAUAACCUCAUAUCAAUAUAACUGCAGGUGGUUACGAGCCUGGAGACGACAUGCGAACGUGCAGCCUGAUGGAUUUUGUGAAAAACCAAAGCCCAGCCCUGAUCCUCACUACGCAUCACAAACUGUUGUACCGCGACGACGAAAGUUUGACGAUAAGCGACGAGCUUCGCGAGUAUUGUGACGAUUUGAAAGUGUUGGGGAAACGGGAAUUGUCCAUGCUACUCAAGUGGCGCAUGCUGACCAGAAGAAACUACGAAAAGGAAAAGAAGACCUCGAUUGACAAAGUGGACAAGGAAGAGAAGAGCGAUGAUGAAUCUGGAUCGGAAAAGGAGGCUGAUGCGGAAGAAAAGCAGGUAAAGACGACCCAUGAUAUCUUCGGCUUUUCCUCUCUUUUUGUUCUUUUCUGUCGCUUUGUGGUUGUGUUUUUAUUUGAUGUCUCGCGACUUCCUCGCGGUCGCGAGCAUUCACUCUUACUAUGCCUCUGUCGCAAGCGCAAAAAUUGCUUCAUGUUUAUCACAAUGUUGGAACUUUCACCCGUAUUCACUCGCAGGCCGAGCCAGCAACCGGCAGCACGAAAAAGGUGAAAUUCGAAAACGCGGAUGAGGAGCUGGAGGCGAUGAUCAAGCAGGUGAAGCAGGAGGAGAAGCGCGAGGCGAAGAAGGCCCGGGAGUUGAAGAAGAAGUUCGAGUGGCGCAAGAAGAUGUCGAUGGGUAUGCGGUACUCCGGAAUCACCCACGACGCGGAGUUGUUCCAACAAGCGCCGAAAAACUUUGGAGACUUCGAAAACGGCGCAGGUGGGCAAAUGGACAGCGAUGACGAGGAGAAGAUGAACGAGGCGGAAGCAGCUGCACAAGAACUCGAAACGGCGGAGGACCGAAAAGAGACCACAGCAACAUCGAAAAAUACAAAUGAUUCCGACAGCGACGAAGAGGAUUCCGACGACCCGGAGAUCGCCGAGUUGAACCGCUUAGCCGACAUGGAGGCGGAGCAGAUUCUCGCCAUGCGCGAGAAGAAGAGCAAACUGUCGCAAGCCGCCAAGGGCCGCGAGCUGAAGCAGAAGAAGGAAACCCGGCGGCAGCAGAAGUACCGCGAAUGGGCGGGGGAGAUGAACCACUUCAACCACGAAAUCGACGAGGAAGCUGCGAAACAGCACCAGGAACGGGAGCAGUUCGACUCUGAUGACGACGACGACUCUGAGGACGACGAGGAGGACGCAGCUGGCGACGCUGCGGCGGCAAACCAGAAGCCGAAGUUGACUGACGAGCUAGACAGCGACGGCGAGGAGGAAGAAGCGAUGAUCUCCACCGCGGCCGAAGAUGAUGCUAUGGACUUGAGCGACGACGAAGCGAUGUCAACAGCAGAUGCAGCAGACGAGGAAAGGGGUACUAUGAGCACGAAGGACAAAGUUCGGGCGGAGAGGUGGUUCUCCCAGGACUUGUUCAGCAGUUUGCAGAAGCGCCUGGCGACGGCGGGGACCACCGCGUCGGCCUCCGUAGCUGCAGCCGCGGGGAAGAAAGCAAAGCAGUCCGCAGCUUCUUCUUCCUCAAAAAGUACUGCUGGACGGGAGAAUCAAAAUCAGAGCAAAGCCAUUCUUACUUCCAGAAAUGAAUCCGAUUCUGAUGCGGACAACAGCGGAGACGAGCAGUCGAUCAAGGCACUGUCCGACGACGAGCUCCCGCACAUCCCGCUUUGCGACAAGAAAAAGCGGCAACUGAAAAAGAGGAAAGAAAAGGAGCGCGAGGCGCGGAAGGCGGCGCAAAACAUCGGUGGCAGUCUGACAGGCAAGGGAAAGAGAAAGUCGGGCAUUGUCGGUCCGGACGGCGAGGAGGUGGUCGACGAGGACGAAAGUGCUGUUGCAGCAAGCAGUCUCGACGACAAAACGCAGUUCGACGUUGUGGAGCGACGGCUGGACGAAGAGAUGGAUAACAUCCUACUGCCGGGGCAGGAAUCUCUGCGCGGAAAAGCAGCAGACGUGCCGGACCAUCUGAAGGUAUUUUUAUGAAAUAGCUCAAAAGUGGUGCGUUCAUUCCGAUCAUCUUUUUGUCGACAACUACAUCUCACUGAAUUCUAAGUCUGUUCGCUUGUAGGCUAGUCGAGCCGCCGUGACCAGAGGCGUUGGAUUGUUUCUACUGAUUGAAAUUGAAAUUGAUCCAUAUUUAUGUGAUUUGCAUUUCAAAAAUCCACUUCUCCACCAGGCCCCCACCGACAAGAAGGAGCUGGCUGCCGUGCAGGCCCUGGGGUCGAUGAUGAUCCGGAAAAAGUCGCGCAUGGCACUCCUCGAUAGUGCGUACAACCGGUACGCGUGGGACGACGAGGGAUUGGAUCUGCCCGAGUGGUUUGUGGAGGACGAAGAGAAGUACAACAAGCCAGAGCUCCCGGUGACCAAGGAACUGAUGGACCAGUACCGGGCCAAGCUGAAGGAAAUCAACCAGCGGCCCAUCCGGAAGGUCGCCGAGGCCAACGCGCGCAACAAAAAGCGGCUGCAGCAGAGAAUGGACAAGGUGCGGAAGCAGGCCAAGCAGCUGGCUGCGGACACGGAAAUGAGCGCCGGAGCGAAAGCGAGAAACAUGGAGAAGAUGCUCCGAAAAGCGCAGAUAUCAAAUGUAAAAAUGUCUGGGUCUGGAAGAAUGCGAGAUUUGUCAUGCACGUUAUGCAUGAGCCAUGAUGUCUGUGAUGCAUACCCUAGCAAUACAGAUUUUUUGAAGGCUUCUUGAUGCCUAUUCCGCAUGACAAAUGCCUUCUCAGCGUAACAAAGGCUAAAUCUGUUCUAACGCCAACCCGCCAGGAGUUAAAUGGUUACUACUACUACUAGCGUAGCAAAAAUUGCAUUCCCUUUGGUACUCAUGCAAUACAGAUUUUUUUGGAAUCCAAAUGCAGCAUCACAAAUUGCAUUCUUCCAGACCCAGACACUUUUACAUUUGAUAGCAGAAGGAGGGUAGCAAGAAGCAGGCCUACAUGGCCAUUCGAAAGGCCGGAGGCAGCAGGAAUGUCACGCAGGGCAAGCCGACCAAGGGCGCGAAAUCCAAGGUGGUCGAUAAGAGGAUGAAAACUGACAAGCGCGGUCAGAAAAAGGCAGAGAAGAAGGCAAAGAAAGGAAAGCACAAGGGCAACCGCGGACGCGCACCGAAGCAAAAGGGCGGCGCAAAAAAGAAGGGAGGCAAAAAGAAGUAGGACGUUGUACCUGCUCCCGUCGGUAGCGGUAACUUCGAGGAUAGUACAAAAAUAAGUAACUAACUUUACGAAAAAAUGUGUGAAGAGUCGUCUUUCGUUUGUGUGAUGUGUCUACGCGAAGACGAACGCGCUUUAUUCAGCAUUUGUACGCACAAGAACUUUUGCAAAUUAUCAUUUCCCAAAAAGUCACCAACAUGUGUGAGAGUCCGUGAAACAACGACGCCAGG